AUGAAAACCACCAGGUUUAUGAUAACUUUAGUUAUUUUAGUUUACGUUUUUAUUUCUUUCGUUUGUACUAACGAGACUUUAAAACGUGAUGAGAAGAAAUCAAAGUCUGUGACUACUUUCGUAAGUGCGAAGUGGGAAGCUACGCCGAUAGUUUUAGAACUUGCCGAAUAUCUUGCAGGCGAGAGUGCCGAUUUGUUCUGGUCUUUUGUAGAUGGUAUAAAUUCGCUGAAAUAUGGUUUAGACUCACUGGAAACUGAUAAGCAAGUGUAUGAUGCAUGCAUUGAUGUUGCAAGCUCUCUGUUGGCCCCAGCUCAACUGCGGAUGGCAAAGCUUGCACUUUCUAUGCACCUUACUUCGCCCACAGUCAGGAUGUUUGAUCAGAUUGCAACACAGAACAGUGCCAAAGACAUCAAUUGUGAAGCUUUUGUCUCAAUUGCUUCAAAAAAUAUUUGUGAUAAUGAUGCUCUAACAGAUAUUCUUAAGUCAUAUAGUCAGUAUGAUGUGGAAGAACACAAGUUGCAGACCUAUCUCCUUGACCAUUCAUAUCCAAGCAGUGACAACAAAAGUCUUACUGCCAUAUUGUAUGGAGAACUUGGAACAAAAGACUUUGCUACCAAGCACAAGAUACUGUCAGCAUAUGCAGACAAGGGAGCUAUUAACUAUGUAAUAAGAUGGAGUAUAAAGCCGCGCAGCAAACCAAAAGUACGUCUAUCGGGCUAUGGAGUGGAACUACAACUAAAAAGUACAGAGUAUAAGAGUCAAGAUGACUCUACACCAAAGGAAUCUGAAGAUGGAGAAUCUAGUGCUCCAUCUGAAGAAGAAGACGAAAACGAUCCCCAAAACCAAAUUGACGGUUUUAAUUUCGGAAGACUGAAGAAUUUAUUUCCUGGACUGCGCUCACCUUUAGAGAAAUUCCGACGUCAUUUAUCUGAGUCCAGCGAGGAAUUAGCGCCGCUCAAGGUGUGGCAAAUGCAGGCGUUAAGUAUGCAAGCUGCGGUAGCUGUCGUUGACGCUAAUGAUGCGGGUGGCGAUGAAGCACUUAAAGUGCUUACUUCUAUUGCUCAAAACUUUCCUAUGCAGACUAAAUCACUGAUACAUGUGAAUGUCCCAAGAGCAUUCCGUGAGGAAGUGUUAUACAAUCAAGAUAUCUGGUCUUCUGCGUUGGGGCUUCGGCCUGCAGAACCUCUUCUUCUUGUCUCAGGAGCGCAGUAUGACGCUGAGGAGGUUGAUGUAAUGGCUUUGCUAGCUGCAUUAAAAGAAGAUAUUGGACCUAUGAAUACGCUGCAUGCGCUAGGACUGUCCAAAAAGCUGAUCAAUAAACUAAUGUCUCUGGAAUUGGGCGAAUCAUAUACAUGGGAAGAGUACGGGCUCGACAUCCGCGAUACAGCUAUUACGUGGCUUAAUGAUUUGGAAACUGAUGACCGAUAUCGGCGUUGGCCUGGUUCGUAUAUGGAGUUGCUGAGGCCCACGUAUCCUGGAAUGUUGAGGAAUCUUAGGAGAAAUAUUUACAAUUAUGUUAUUAUAGUGGAUCCAACAUCUCUUAACUCGGGACCGCCAUUGAAAUUGGGUGAGACGUUACUGAAACAUGCUACGCCGGUCCGGGUCGGUCUUGUAAUAGCUCCUAGUCCCGAUAAUGCUCCUCUCGAAGCCGCCGUAAGGUCCGCUUUCAACUAUGUAGCACAGGAAAGGAAUUCUAACAAAGAAGCUUAUUACUUCUUGACACAGCUAUUACAUCCAACUCAAGGCGAAAAAUUAACUAUAGAACUUGUAAAGAAACAACUAAACAAAUACACAAGUUUCAACUCUAAUUUAGAUGACAUUGUAUCAGAAGAUUCUGAAUACAACUUUGGAAGACAAUUGUCGGCAGAAUUUGUUGCAAAACUCGGUACCAACAAUUACCCGCAGGUGUUGGUUAACGGGGUACCGCUUGUUGAGGAGGGUGCAACAUCAGUAACGUCGUCAGUGGAGCUACUAGAAGAGGCGCUUGUGACGUCAUUGUCUCGUCACACCGGUCGCUUGCAGCGUGCUGUGUUUAGAGGAGAGGUUUCUGAUACAGAGGAUGCUGUUGAUUAUCUCAUGAAACAGUCGCACAUCAUGCCUAGAUUGAAUCGUCGGGUUUUGGCUUCGGAUCCGUCGCAGUACUUGGAUUUGUCAGGAUUAGCCUCAUCUAGUGAAUUCUUUACUGAGGACAAGAUUCAACAUCUUCUGCAUUUGACAGGUCGGGAUGCCAUCGCAACUGCUUUACCCCUACUCAAGUAUUUCGCCAAAUCUGGUAAAACGGAAAAGAUUACUCAAACAAUUUGGAUAGCUGGCGAUUUAAAUAAUAAGAAGUCUAGGGACCUUCUAAAAGAUGCUUUGACAUUCAUGCGUGAAUCUGGUGGAGUUCGUGUGGCCUUCAUACCAAAUGUAGAUAAUACAUUAACUGUCGACCAAUCACUGAACAAAGUUGUGUUAGCCGCACUCACCACUCUCGAUGCGCCAAAAGCUACUACAUAUGUGCUCAAGUUACUUGAAGAUGAAGGUUGUCAUGAGAAACAGACUUGUGAUAUAUUGCCGGAGCUGGUGGCAGCGCUGAACAAGCACGAGUGGGUGCUGAAGGCGUCGCGCGUGCUGUGCGCGCGCUCGCUCAGGCUGCGCGCGGGCGCUCGCGCCCUCGUGCACAACGCCAGGCUCAUCGGGCCCUUCAGCGACGACGAGACCUUUACUCUCGAAGACUUCACAUUACUCGAAAGGUUCACCAAUCAAGCAUAUGCUGAUAAGCUCUCUGAAGUCUUAGAUAAGAAGAAACCAGUAGAUUUGGAUGAUAUUUUUGGUGACGAUGAUGAUUAUGAGACAAAGGAGCUAACUGUAGAAGACAGGCUGAAAGUAGUGUCAGUGGUAGCGGCGCGAAGCCCGCGCGUGCGCAGCUCCCUGCCGCCCGGCCUCCGCACCGACCACUCACUCGUCGAUCUGCGGCCUCUGCGCGAUGACGAGGCUGCUAUUGAGAUAAUAGCUGUGUUGGACCCUGCAUCGACGGCGGCUCAACGACUCGCGCCGCUACUUUUGGUUUUACGUCGCGUCAUCAACUGCCGCAUCAAACUGUUUGUUAACCCACAAGACAAGAACUCUGAUAUGCCGCUUAAAAGUUUCUACCGCUACGUGUUGGAGCCAGAGCUCCAGUUUACAUCAUCGGGGGCUUUAACAGGCGGUGCUUUAGCGCGGUUCUCUCGCCUGCCGCAUGCACCUCUCUUGUCAAUGGAGUUGAGGACACCACCCAACUGGCUCGUCGAGUGCGUCAAAUCCGUUUACGAUCUUGACAACAUUCGACUAGCUGACGUGGAUACACUUGUGCACAGUGAAUUCGAAUUAGAAUACUUACUACUAGAAGGUCACGCCUGGGACACAACACUAGGUACUCCGCCACGUGGUCUCCAACUGGUGCUGGGCACAAGAGACAAACCAGAACUCAUGGACACCAUAGUCAUGGCAAAUCUUGGUUACUUCCAGCUUAAGGCUAAUCCCGGUGCAUGGAUAUUAAGACUGCGACCUGGAAGAUCAGAUGAAAUUUACGAGAUUGUCGGUCACGAGAAUACCGAUACUCCGGCAGACAGUGAAGACAUUCAGGUACUGAUGAGUUCGUUCCGAAGUCACGUAAUCAAACUACGAGUUAGCAAGAAGGCCGACAAGCAAAAUGUCGACCUACUUGUCGAAAAUGAUGAAAAGAAUGCUGGCGGUAUAUGGAACUCAAUAGCCAGUUCGUUUGGUGGAGGCGACGAGCAGGAGGCACAAGAUGAAACUAUAAACGUGUUCUCAGUAGCAUCAGGACAUUUGUAUGAGAGGUUCCUUCGCAUUAUGAUGUUGUCUGUGCUCAAACACACAAAGUCGCCUGUUAAGUUCUGGUUUCUCAAGAACUAUCUUAGUCCUUCACUCAAGGAUAUCUUGCCGUACAUGGCGCAAGAGUACGGAUUCGAAUACGAGCUAGUACAGUACCAGUGGCCGCGCUGGCUCCAGCGGCAACGUGACCGACAACGAACAAUUUGGGGGUACAAGAUCCUUUUCCUAGAUGUCCUUUUCCCUCUACACGUGAAAAAGAUAAUCUUCGUUGACGCAGAUCAGAUUGUCCGCGCUGACUUAAAGGAGUUGGUAGAAUUGGAUCUAGGCGGCGCUCCUUAUGGCUACACACCGUUCUGUGACAGCAGAAAAGAGAUGGAAGGGUUCAGAUUCUGGAAGCAAGGCUACUGGCGUAAUCACUUACAAGGUCGAAGCUAUCACAUCAGCGCGUUAUACGUAGUGGACUUGAAGCGUUUUCGCCGCAUCGCCGCUGGAGACCGCUUGCGAGGACAAUACCAAGCCCUCAGCCAGGAUCCUAACAGUUUAUCUAAUUUGGAUCAGGAUUUGCCGAACAACAUGAUACACCAAGUAGCAAUAAAGUCUUUGCCUCAAGAGUGGUUGUGGUGUGAGACUUGGUGCGAUAAUGACUCCAAGACCCACGCUAAGACUAUUGACCUGUGCAAUAACCCAAUGACAAAGGAAGCUAAGUUAUCAGCUGCAAUGCGUAUCGUACCGGAAUGGAGCCAGUACGACGAUGAGAUCAAGGCACUUCAGGCAAGGGUUCGGCGCGGACUGUACCAGGCUUCCGAUCAUGAACAGGAAAUUGAAGCGCCUGUUCAUGAAGAAAUUACCCCAGUCAGUAGACCAUCAAAACACGACGAGCACACCGAGUUAUGA